CGGUGCCGCGCGGAGCCCGGUGCCCCUGCCGCGCCGCGCCCCGGAGCCCGCGGGGCAGGUGAGCUGCGCCCCGCGCCAUGGCAGCCUCAGGGGUGGUUGGAAGAUGCGACAUCCUCAUCGUCUACAGCCCAGAUGCUGAGGAAUGGUGCCAGUACCUCCAGGACCUCUUUCUGUCCAGUCGGCAGAUCCGUAGCCAGAAGACGCUGACUUACAGGCUGAGCCCUGAGGCCUCCUUCUCAGCCAAGGACCUGAACUUCUUCCUCAGCUCGCGCUGCGUUGUAGUGCUGCUGUCUGCGGAGCUGGUGCAGUGCUUCUACCAGCCGGCCCUCCUGCCCCUGUUGCAGAGAGCCUUCCAUCCUCCACGUCGCGUGGUGCGGCUGCUCUGUGGGGUGCCGGACAGUGAGGAGUUCUUGGACUACUUUCCAGAUUGGGUGCACUGGCAGGAGCUCACCUGUGAUGAUGAGCCUGAGACCUAUGUGGCAGCUGUGAAGAAGGCCAUUUCAGAAGAUUCUGGCUGUGACUCAGUCACUGACACAGAGACCGAGGACGAGAAGGCCCCUUCCUGCUUGAAGCAGCAGAGCCUGCCACUGCAGACUUCACCUGGGAACCUGAUGGUGGUGCAGCCAGACCGCAUUCGCUGUGGGGCGGAAACCACAGUCUACGUCAUCGUGAGAUGUAAAUUGGAUGAGAGGGUGUCAACAGAAGCAGAAUUUUCUCCUGAGGAUUCUCCCUCAGUAAGGGUGGAAGCCAAGCUGGAGAAUGAAUACACCGUUUCCGUGAAGGCCCCCAGCUUUUCAUCUGGGAAUGUUUCCUUGAAGAUCUAUUCCGGGGAUUUAGUGGUGUGUGAAACUGUUAUCAGCUAUUAUACUGACAUGGAAGAAAUUGGGAAUUUAUUGUCCAAUGCUGCCAAUCCUGUGGAGUUCAUGUGUCAGGCCUUUAAAAUUGUGCCCUACAACACAGAGACCCUCGAUAAACUGCUGACGGAGUCUCUGAAGAACAACAUCCCCGCGAGUGGACUACACCUCUUUGGAAUUAACCAGCUGGAAGAAGAGGAUAUGAUGACAAAUCAAAGGAAUGAAGAGUUGCCCACCCUGUUGCAUUUUGCUGCGAAAUACGGACUGAAGAACCUCACUGCCUUGUUGCUCACCUGCCCAGGAGCCCUGCAGGCAUAUAGUGUGGCCAACAAGCAUGGCCACUAUCCCAACACAAUUGCUGAGAAACAUGGCUUCAGGGACCUGCGGCAGUUCAUCGAUGAGUAUGUGGAAACUGUGGACAUGCUAAAGAGUCACAUCAAAGAGGAACUGAUGCAAGGGGAGGAGGCUGACGCCGUGUAUGAGUCCAUGGCCCACCUCUCCACAGACCUGCUCAUGAAGUGCUCCCUCAACCCCGGCUGUGAUGAAGAGCUGUAUGAGUCCAUGGCUGCCUUUGUCCCAGCUGCCACCGAAGAUCUCUAUGUCGAAAUGCUUCAGGCCAGUGCAUCUAAUCCAAUCCCUGGAGAUGGUUUCUCUCGGACCAGUAAGGACUCCAUGAUUCGCAAGUUUUUAGAAGGUAACAGCAUGGGAAUGGCCAGUUUGGAGAGGGAGCUGCACCACAGUGGUCAGGAGGAAGAUGUGUAUCACACGGUGGAUGAUGAUGAGGCCUUUCCUGUGGACCUGGCCAACAGGCCCCCCGUCCCCGUGCCUAGGCCAGAGGCCAAUGCUUCUGGUACUCAUCACCUGUCUGACAAUGAACCAUACAUUUCUAAAGUUUUUGCAGAAAAAAGUCAAGAGCGGCCUGGGAAUUUUUAUGUUUCCUCAGAGAGCAUCAGGAAAAAAGAGCCUCUCGUCAGACCUUGGAGGGACAGGCCCCAGUCGAGUAUAUAUGACCCUUUCGCUGGAAUGAAAACGCCUGGCCAGCGGCAGCUGAUUACCCUCCAGGAGCAGGUGAAGUUGGGCAUCGUUAAUGUAGACGAGGCUGUGCUCCACUUCAAAGAGUGGCAGCUCAACCAGAAGAAGCGGUCUGAGUCCUUUCGCUUCCAGCAGGAAAAUCUUAAACGGCUAAGAGACAGCAUUACCCGAAGACAGAGAGAGAAGCAAAAAUCAGGAAAGCAGGCAGAUUUGGAGAUCACGGUCCCAAUUCGGCACUCACAGCACCCGCCCGGGAAGGUGGAGUUUGGAGUCUAUGAAAGCGGCCCCAGGAAAAGCGUCUUCCCCCCAAGAACAGAGUUGAGGCGAGGAGACUGGAAAAGCGAUAGUACCUCCAGCACAGCAAGCAGUACAAGUAACCGAUCCAGCACCCGGAGCCUCCUCAGUGUGAGCAGCGGGAUGGAGGGGGACAAUGAGGAUAAUGAAGUCCCUGAGGUUACCAGAAGUCGUAGCCCAGGACCCCCACAAGUGGAAGGAACACCCACUGUUCCCCUUGAGAGGCCCCCCAGGGUACCUCCAAGAGCUGCCUCACAAAGACCUCCAGCCAGAGAGACCUUCCAUCCUCCUCCACCUGUUCCGCCCAGAGGUCGCUGAUUCCACCUCCUGAAACUUGCCGAACAUCAGGACUUUGAGACUUGCAGUUUCAGCCUGUUAAUAAUGUCUUCAUGCUGAGUUUUAAAGUCUGACUGCUGACCUUAAGAUCUACUUUCAUGGCUGAUGCUGUUGUGGCCCUGCUGGUUUGGGCUUUCCUUGAAGAAGAUAUUUUUGAGGCAUGAAGAAGUGAAAACUAAGGACUUUAUUCACCAUCACCAAGUAUAUUGAUCCAUAUCCUUGUUUGCCAAAAGGAUAAAGACUGACUUAAUUGGAAUACUCACCUCUAAUUUGGCAUGUCAGAAGCCUGAAAAGAUUGAUCAGAAAUGUAAUUUACAAGUGAUUUUACUGAAAUGCACUUAUAUUAGGCCUUACUUAUUUGCUAGUCCAGACUAACUUCUAGAAGUGGUUAUGAUUUAAGACUUACAGUAUUCAGGUAAGGAGAUACAUCCUGAUUUUUAAAUGGGUCUUCAACUUUUCUAUAGGUUCAGGAGGGUGUUUAAAUGCCCGGGCUGUUCACAUAGGAUAAACUGAAAAAGACUUUAGAGAGGGAUUAGUCCUAACUCCUUUUAUACGGAAGACAAAUCUGAGAUUCCAUAAAAACCAAGAGUAUACAAUUGGUUAGAAGAAGAUAUGUGUCUAGAAUCUGGGUCUCUUAAUUCCAGGUCACCACACUUUAAAUAUCUAGAUAGUCAAUUGCUCCCUCAAGAAAUGCCACAUGUAGAUUAUUAACCUUCCAGAAAUGUCCUUCUUCUAUAUCUCCCAGGCAUGGCACUAUCAAGUAUUUUUUUCAGUUUGGGCAUUUAUACUUCAGUAUGCUUUCAAAACAGGAUUGUUGGCAAGGAACAUCUAUAAAUGGCUGGGAACCAGAAGCUUGGGAUACCAGUGACCCCAUUUAUUGUUCUGCAGCCUUUUUAUAGGGCUUACUAGUUCUGGCCAUAAGAAGACAGAAGGACCCUUGAUUCCUUCUCUGCCAAGAGGUCAAAAGAGAAAAAAGGAAGAAUGUAAAAUAGAAACAGUUAUCUAUUUCCUUAUUAUUACCGCUAGACUUGGGAUAUCUGUGCAGAGAGAACCAUUAACGUGUCAUAAUUAUUGUAUGUCACUAAUCUAUCAUUAAUUUUGAGUCACUGGCACAGAAAUCUGCCUUCAAAGCACAGAUCCUUAAUUUGAUACUUAAAUAUAAAGUUAGCAUCAGACACAUUCCUUUAAAAACUAUCAGAAAUCUGGUAAUUUUUUAUGAAAUGUAUUCUCUAUCCCAUGCAGAUAUAUGUAAGGCACACUAUUAACGGUCUAUUUAAAUAUAGUUUUAUUGUGUCCUUUUCUAAUGAUUCAGGGUUGUUUUGUUUUUUUUUUGUUUUGUUUUGUUUUGUUUUUGUUUGUUUGUUUUGUUUUUUUCCAACUUCAUUCAUUGGUCUAGCAAACAAGGACUCUUACUGAAAUGAAUAGCUUCUGGGUCAUGGGUCUUUUUUCUGACACUGAAAUACACUAUUGGCUGUGGCCAUUAACAGAGUGUUUGUUCAAAUUCCCUACCACAAUGUUUGGCACACAGUAGCCAUUCUACAGUGGUUCCUUUACUCUCCUUGUCACUUAUUUGGGAAAAAGAGGGUAAUGUGGGAUAGAGAACAAGAAAUUAUAAUGUUGGUAUGAUUGUCCUUCCUCUUAUUUAUACAUGAUCUCUUAAGCACAUUUGAUUUUGAUAAAAGCUACCCUUUUUAAAAAAUAUUCAGUAUCUUUAAGCUCCCUCUUAGAUGUCAAGUUUAGAUUUUUGUACAUUCUCUAAUUAAUAAGCAUUUAGAUGAAUAACAUGGCAAAACUUACUGCCAGCUAAUGAUGUUAGCAUCUUUGUGUGCACAUCACUGUUUGUGCAAUAUUGGAAUAUUUUAUUACAUUUUUAUUCUUCUGUGAAAGUAAGUGGAAAACAUAAAAUUAAAAGUGUUGUUUAGAAA